AAUCUGGCGGUUUCUGUUAUAGAAAAGGAGGAGUUGGGUUUCUUACGGUUGGUUCAAUAUGAAAUUCCUUCAAGUUCAUCUGAAUUCCUCGAAGCUCAGAUCUCUACAUUGAUCGUUAACAAUUUUCUCUCCUAUAAGGGUUUGUAUUUUUUAAUACUCGUGUGGUUUCUCGGACGCCAGUUAUGAAUCCGGAAUACAAUGAUCCGACGCCGGUUAUGGAUCCGCAAUACAUUGACGUCCUAGAGUUGGACAAACUUGUCAAUCGUGUUUAUGGAACUGGAUCUAAUUCCGAGGCGACCAGGCAGGCGGCCGCCUACCAGACCGCCUGCCAAGCAUCAGCAAACGGCGAAAGCUGGUUUCGGCGGCGAACACACGCGCAGGCGGGGAAAAUUGGCUCCGGCGGGCUAGCAGGCGCCCGCCUGCGUGACCGCCUGUCGUUGAUUCUCGAAACAUCGGUGAUCCAGAAGCUUCCCUUGUUGGCGGUGGCGGGCAGACAGGCCUCUGCCCGCCUGUGAUGACUGCUCGGGUAUAAAUACCCCAUUCGGCCAUUUCCUUCCCCAUCACUCCAAGAAUUCCACUUUUCACCUUAUUUGAGUUUGAGAGUCCUUCUAGAAAAGCUUAGAGUGUUGAUUUCAAGAUUUGUGAGCCUUGUAUUCAGUUCUUCAAGAUCUGUAAGCUUUCUUGUAAACUUUUCUUUUAUUAAUAAAUUAUCUUUUAUACU